GAGUAUAAGAGUUUCAGCCUCCUGCUGUCCCCCAGCGCGCUGUAGAUGAGAGGGUGUGUGUGUGUGAGCAGGUGGACAUGGACACGACGCGGCUCGGACGCGGUUCGGAUUUGGCGGUUGGGUCCGAGUGUCAGCAUCCCGACCGGAAGUGCCCCUCUCCGGCGAAACGGCACGCGGUCAAGCGGCAUCACCACAAACACAACCUGAAGCACAGGUACGACUUCCUGGAGACUCUGGGGAAAGGGACCUACGGCAAGGUGCAGAGGGCUGUGGACCGAACCGGAACUCCGGUGGCCAUCAAAUCCAUCAAGAAAGAAAACAUUAAAGAUGAACAGGACCUGACGCACAUCAGGAGAGAGAUCGAGAUCAUGUCGUCCCUCAACCACCCCCACAUCAUCACCAUAUAUGAGGUGUUUGAGAAUAAGGAUAAGAUGGUGAUUGUGAUGGAGUACGCCAGUAAAGGGGAUUUAUUCGACUACAUCAGUGGGAGACGCGUCUCCGAGCGAGAGGCCCGGCACAUCUUCAGACAGAUCGUCUCAGCCGUGCACUACUGCCACCGGAACGGCAUCGUGCACCGCGAUCUGAAACUGGAAAACAUUCUGAUGGACGCCAACGGAGACGUGAAGAUCGCUGAUUUCGGGCUGUCGAACCUGUACCGGAGAGACGAGUACCUGCAGACAUACUGUGGCAGCCCGCUGUACGCCUCACCCGAGAUCGUGAACGGGCGGCCGUAUAAAGGGCCGGAGGUGGACAGCUGGUCUCUGGGCGUCCUCCUAUACGCUUUGGUGCACGAGGCCAUGCCGUUCGACGGCCACGACUACAAGACGCUGGUGCGACAAAUCAGCACCGGAGACUACCGCAAACCCAACAAGCCAUCAGAUGCAUGUGGUUUGAUCCGAUGGAUGCUGAUGGUGAACCCUGAUCGCAGAGCAACUCUAGAGGAAAUUGCAGGCCAUUGGUGGCUCAACUGGGGCUACCAACGCCCCCUCCUGGCUGAGAACGAGACGAAAGCAACAAUGACGACUUCCACGUCUUCGCAAACGAGCAACUCCGCCCGAAUCACUGACUGGCUUCGGAGAACCUCUCGACCUCUGCUGCACAGCGGCUCGAAAAUGCGCUGUCUUCUGCGUCCAGGAGGGGGAGUCACAGGAGACACGUCCAUCACGCGCCAGCGCUCAAUCCGCAGGUCGCGCAAAGAAAACAACGUGUCUCAGAGCAUGCAGGAGAACAUCGCGCCCCGACCGUUUAAAGGCAUCCUGAAGAAACGUGGCAGCUUGAAACAGAAGCUGUGUGGAGAACCGCAGAUCCCACCUUUGGAAGAGAAAAUGACGAAUGCUGUAGUGGCGCCACCUGCAGCCCAGCCUUCACCUCUUCCCCCAGCCCCGCCUCCUCGCAAGGGAAUCUUGAAGAAGCCAGUGGAAAGAGAGAGGGAAUCGGGUUACUCCUCGUCCACAGAAGGCAGCGACUCCACCCAAACGCCACAACCUGAGCUGUGUACCGCCAUGCCACUGCAACAGAAAGGAAUCCUUAAACGUAACGGAAAGUUUUCCUCCGGUGGUCUGCAAGAAUUCAGGGAGUUCGGCUCCCUGGACCAGCUAGCAGAAACCCUUCCGACAGGGGGCAUCAGAUCUCGUCCCAGCAUUGCCAUCAGUGAGGACAGCAUUCUUUCAUCAGAAUCCUUCGAUCGGUUAGACCUGCCUGAUCGCCGUGAACCUGCAAUGAAGGUGGGCCGUCCAGCAGGGGGCCCCAUGCGUGGCAGCGUUUCGGCCGACAAUCUGCUGGACAUGAAGGAAAGCAGGCAGGAGUUAUGGGAUACGGACAAGAUGGGUGAAAGGAAAUUCUGUGACGCAGACUGUGAGACGUGAACAAAGUCCCGUGUCUGUGUGGAACAGCGCACACAUGAGCUGAACCUCUCGAUACAAACUUGUUCAAACCCGACAAGUCCGUUUCAGGACAUGUUCUGAUUCUGCACGGAAAAGGACUCGUUGUGGAGACGUCAGUCCUUGUGCAAGGAAGGACAGCUAGCCACAGUUAGCCGAGCGUCCACGAACAGACUUGUAGCAGGCGCGUUCUGCAUGACGGACCGGAAACAUAAGCCGACUGUAAAGCUAGACUUUAAUGCUGGUUUAAGUAAAACUAGAUGAUUAAAGUUUGUUUCUUAAGUAUGUUACGGGUUUGAUUUAAUUAAAUGAAGCACAUUUUAUUUUUGAGGAAAAUGGGGUAAAAAGGGAAUGUGUAAGGGUUAGUACGGUACAAUAAUAUUCACCAAGCAGCUGUUAUUAGAGAGGUGAUGCUCCUUUUAAACAGCAUUUCCACAGCAUGUGUGUGACAUGACUGGGACCGUGUUUCGUGAGAUUUAAAACUAAAAAUGACCCAAAAGAACCAAAGAUGCUGGAAGUACACAGUUAAAAACAAAUUUAUUCUGCGUAAUAAUCAGACUACUGAAGCGACCUUUUGGUUUAUCUUCUCUAAGAUCAGAAGCUUGUAGCUCAGAGUCCACUGGUGAUAAGAGGGUUUUAUUUUAAAACGACAGUUUGUUAAACUUGUUAACGAUUAACCUUUGAGACAGGCGGUUAUCAGUCUCACUCUCGGCUGAAACCCCAGACCAGACACAGCUAUUUAUUGCUUUAUGAAUUUACUCUGUGAUAGGGAUUAGUACAAGUAAACAGACUGGGAGACGUUUGUGAAAACAACUGUUUUGUAAUCUGUACUCACUAAUCGAGGGCCUGUGUAAUUUAAAUUUGUGAAAAACCUGCUUUUGUUAGAAGGUUUAAGAAAGGAAUAAGGACAGACCUGCAUUUAGUUGGUUCUGUCCAACUUUCAGCUGUUGCAGAACGUAAAAUAAUUCUUAAAAUGUAAUUUGAUUUUUUUAAAUAUAAAUUUUAUUUUCAUGAUGAUUGUAAAUGCCAUAUUUGACCUGAGUUUAUAUUUGUUGUUCAAAAAAUUGAAGAACUGAUGACAUUGCAAAACUGUGAUGUUUUUUUUUUUUUUUCGCUUGUGUUCCUGUCAGAGACAGUGUGUACACACGCCGAAUAAACUCUCUAACACCGCAGGGCAAACUGCAAACACUCUGUACCGAUACAGGACCAGUGGGGCAAUAAAAACUCACAAACACAAA